AUGAGAGGUUGUGAUAUCUCAAACAGAGGAAGCGCAAAGGGGGAAGUGACCGUCUUUACCCUCAUCAUCAUCAACAAGGCCGGCGGCCUGAUAUACAACCGCACCUUUCAUGAGGGCGGCCUCAACAAGCUCAGCACCAAUGACUACCUCAUCAUAGCGGGCACCUUUCAUGGCGUCCACGCCAUCACAGCCCGUCUCAAUCCCCUCAAGAGCCAGCAGGCCGCCGCCGCCGCGCUGGCCCCAGUCGCGCCGGGCAUGCCGCCCAACCGGCCCGAGCCGGCCUCGGGGCUCGAGGUCAUGGAGACGGAGAACUUCCGGCUGCAGUGCUUCAACACGCUGACGGGCACCAAGUUCCUGCUCUUCACCGACACGGCGCAGGCCAACGUCGACGUGACCAUCCGCCGCGUCUACGAGCUCUUCACCGACUACGUCAUGAAGAACCCCUUCUACCAGUCCGAGAUGCCCAUCCGCUGCGACAUGUUUGACCGCAAGCUCGGCUCGUACAUCCGCGAGAUCAACAAUCGCUAG